AUGGGUCCAGACCGGCACUCCGUCCUUAUCACAGGUUGCGGAGAGGGUGGGAUCGGACACGCACUAGCUCGGGAGUUUCAGAAACAAGUCUGUUAUGACCAAGGUUUCACGGUCAUCACCACACUUCUAGCUCACGAAUCUCGAGAGCAUCUCACGGAGCAUGGGAUUCAUGUCUUCACCGCGGACGUGACAAAGGACGACGACGUCGACCAGCUCGUCAAGAACGUCUCCAAGAUCUCGCCCGGAGGUUUAGACGUCCUGGUGAACAACGCAGGUAUCUGCUACACCAUGACCGGAAUCGACACAGACGUCAGGGAGGUGGAGAAAAUGUUCGCCGUCAACCUGUUCGGGCCAAUGCGAAUGGUCCGCCACUUCCACCCCCUGAUCAUCCAAAGGCGGGGAAAGAUAGUGAACAUUGGCAGCGUUGGCGGAAUCGUGCCUUAUGUGUAUGGAUCCAGUUAUAACGCAAGCAAGGCAGCAUUACACCACUGGGGCAGCACCCUACGAGUAGAGAUGAAACCACUCGGCGUCCAGGUGGUGAACAUCAUAUCGGGCGAAGUGUCGACCAACAUCCUAAAGCGCGACAAGGGGAGGACGUUGCCGGCCGACUCCUUCUACAGCCCGCUAAGCGAGGAAUUUGCGAACCACGUGGGGCGGACACCGCACACCACUCCACCCGAGGUCUAUGCGCGCUCUGUCGUGGCGGAGGUAAUCAAGCCGAACCCCAGUGUCUGGUUCUGGACGGGAGCGAGGACGUUUAUCGUGAGAUAUGGCGACAUGCUUCUGCCAAGGACAUUCUGGGAUUGGAUGUUUUCCAGAGAGUUCAACUUGAAGAAGCUUGAAGCGACGCGUACUUAG